UCCACUGGCGGCGCUGUAGAGCGGGGCGGGUUGUGCAGCAUCUGAGCGAGAGGCGGGACGGCACGGGACAUGGCGAGCGCGGCGGGCGAGUACAGAGCGCGCCUGAAGGAGCAGGAGAAAGAAAUCAGGUCACUUGUUGCUGAAAUUGAGAGGUUGAAAAACCCGCUGGUGCCCGAUAUAUCGCCGGGACUGAGCGAGAUGCAGGAGGAGAACGCCAAGCUUAAAUACCGCUUAAAUGUCCUCAAGCGCAGUUUGCAAGAGGAGGAAAGCAAAGGAGGAGCAAGCAUGAUCAACAUCAAUCAGCGCCUGCAGGGUAUAUUCCGCAUUGCCAUUAAGCUGGCCUACCCUCACCUUGAAAACCCACCACUCGCAGUUACACCAAGCCAAGGUUCAAAGUUUGGAGAUUAUCAAUGCAACAGUGCUAUGGCAAUAUCCCAGCUCUUGAAAGCCGAGGGAGAGAAGAGUAAUCCCAGAGAGAUCGCCCAGAAAAUUGUCAAUAGCAUUCCAAAAAAUGAUAUCAUUGAAAACGUUGACAUUGCUGGACCGGGUUUUAUCAAUGUUGAUCUGAAAAGAGAAUUUGUCUCUAAACUGCUGAAAAGUCUUCUUGUAAAUGGAGUUCAGCCUCCGCUAGUGGGACCAAAGAAAAAGGUGGUGAUAGAUUUCUCCUCGCCAAAUAUUGCCAAAGAGAUGCACGUGGGUCACCUGAGGUCAACUAUCAUCGGGGACAGCAUGUGUCGCUUGUUUGAGUUUGUGGGCUACGAUGUUUUAAGGUUGAAUCAUGUCGGUGAUUGGGGGACACAGUUUGGGAUGUUGAUCGCUCACUUGCACGACAAAUUUCCAGAUUUCCUCAAAGUUUCCCCCCCAAUCAGUGACCUUCAAGUCUUCUAUAAAGAAUCCAAAAAAAGAUUUGAUGAAGAGGAAGCCUUUAAGAAGAGGGCUUACCAGUGCGUGGUAAAACUACAGAACCAUGAUCCAGAUGUUAUUAAGGCUUGGAAUAUGAUCUGCGAUGUUUCUCGAAAGGAAUUCCAAAAAAUUUAUGAGAGACUGGAUAUAAAACUUAUCGAGAGGGGGGAAUCAUACUAUCAGGACAUGAUGAAUGAUGUUGUGAAAUCGUUUGAGGAAAAAGGUAUGGCCCAACUUGAUGAAGGGCGGAAGAUUGUUUUUCCACCAGGCUGCUCGGUGCCGCUGACAAUAGUAAAGUCAGACGGAGGAUACACCUACGAUACGUCAGACUUGGCCGCUCUUCGACAUAGGAUCUUUGAGGAGAAGGCUGAUAUCAUUAUCUAUGUUGUGGAUAAUGGGCAGAGUGUCCAUUUCCAGACAAUCUUUGCAGCAGCACAGAUGAUUGGUUGGUAUGACCCUAAGGAGAUCAGAGUGGAACAUACCGGAUUUGGUGUGGUAUUAGGUGAAGAUAAAAAGAAGUUCAAGACUAGAUCCGGUGAAACUGUGAGACUAGCGGACCUGUUGGACGAGGGUCUGAAAAGAUCAAUGGAUAAACUGUUGGAAAAAGAACGAGAAAAGGUUUUGACCCCUGAGGAGCUGAACGCCGCAAAAGAGGCGGUGGCAUUUGGGUGCAUUAAGUACGCUGACCUUUCUCACAACAGGACCAAUGAUUAUGUCUUUUCCUUCGACAAGAUGCUGGAUGAUCGGGGGAACACUGCCGCCUAUUUACUGUACGCCCUCACCAGAAUCAGGUCCAUAACUCGGCUUGCAAAGAUCGACGAUGUGACUCUGCAGCGAGCGGCUGCGGAAACAACCAUGUUGCUGACUCACGACAAAGAGUGGAAGCUGGGGAAAUGCGUCCUGCGAUUCGCAGAGAUCCUGCACAAAAUCCUGGAUGACCUCUACCUGCACACCCUUUGUGACUACCUGUUUGAACUGGCCACAACCUUCACCGAGUUCUACGACAGUUGUUAUUGUGUGGAGAAGGACAGACAGACGGGUGAGGUUGUCAAGGUGAACAUGUGGCGGAUGCUGCUGUGUGAAGCUACUGCUGCUGUCAUGGCCAAGGGAUUUGCCAUCCUGGGACUGAAGCCCGUGCACAGGAUGUAGUUCUUCUUGCUUUUAACAGUUGCUCUGCCAUAACAUCCAAUAAAAAUCCAAUGUGAGGAC